AUGGAAGAUCAUCUGUCUUGUGCUGUGUGUCAUAAUCUGUUCCAAGAUCCUGUCUUAAUCGACUGUGAUCACAGCUUCUGCCGAUCCUGUAUUACUCAGUACUGGAAGCGACCCGGAACAGCGGCUUGUCCCCUAUGUAGGAGAGAGACUUCCUCCAAAAUUCUGAGGCCAAAUCGCACCCUCGCCGGCAUCGUAGAGUCGUUUGCGAAACGGGAGACAACUCAGCAGGAAUGCAACCGCCACAAGGAGACUCUGACCCUGUUUUGUCAGACCGACAAGCAGCCCCUCUGUGUGCUCUGUCAGCAUUCAAAGAAUCAUCGUGGCCACAAGCUGUUGCUGCUGGAAGAGGCCGUGCAGGAGUUCAAGGAAGAACUGAAAACCUCACUGAAGCCAAUCCUGGACAAGAAGGAGGAAUGUGCUGUUGUAAAAAGUGAUUAUGAGAAAACAUUAAAGCAUAUUCAGGACCAGGGAGAAAUGGCAGAGAAACAGAUUAAAGCAGAGUUCGAAACACUGCGUCGGUUUCUCCGUGACCAAGAAAGGAUCGCGCUGGAAGAUCUCGAACUGGAGAGAGAGAGAAACUUCCUGGAGAUGAAGGGAAAGAUCAAGGAUGCAACAGAAGUCAUCUCAUCACUUUCAGACACCAUUCAGGACAUUGAAGAAGGGCUGAAGGAAGAGGACAGCAUCAAAUUUUUAACAAGAUUUCCAGAAACACAGAAAAGAGCAAAGCGACCUGUGCCAGAGCUGCAGAAGGUUUACCCUUUAAUAAAUGUGGGGAAGCAUGUUGGCUCACUGCAGUACAGAGUGUGGAAGAAGAUGCUGACCAUCAUCAAUGCAGCUCCAGUCAUCCUUGACCCCAACACAGCCAGUCCGUAUCUUCUGCUGUCCGAUGAUCUGAGAAGUGUGAGAUACACCGGGAAACGGAGGGACCUUCCCAGGAACCCACAGAGGUUUGAUCCCUGUGUGUCUGUCCUGGGAUCAGAAGGAUUCACAUCAGGAAGACAUUCCUGGGAGGUGGACGUGGGGAAUAAGACUAACUGGGACAUUGGCAUAGCCAAGGAUUCCAUCAACAGGAAGGGGGAUAUCAUCCUGAAUCCGGAUAAUGGAUAUUGGGCGGUGGCACUGAGAAAUGGGACAGAGUACUCGGCCUGUACUCAGCCAUGGAAACGCCUAGCACUGAGUGUUCACCCGAGAAAGAUCCGGAUCUGCCUGGAUUAUGAAGGAAGGAAAGUGUCCUUUCAUGAUGUGGAUAACCAGUCCCACAUCUACACUUUCAUUGCUACAUUUACUGGGAAACUAUAUCCUUACUUCUCUCCAUAUCUUAAUUCUGACGGCAAGAAUUCUGACCCACUGAUAAUCUGUCACCGCAGAGUAACAAUCCAGGAGAAUUAAGAUCCAACCUGGAAUAAAACAGUAGCCAGCAUCGGGUACAACAUUCCCAGACCUUGUAUUGAUAGGGAGCCCUCACAGGAAACCCAGAGAGAAUUAGAAGUCUGCAAUGAGUAGCCGAUAUUCUGCCCCAGGACUCAGCGGGACAGUGUGGGGACCUGGCAGUGGUGCAGGUUCUGGGAGACCUCUCUGACAUCAACAGGGAGAGUCUGGAAAACCAGGAGCAGAAAUCCCAGUUGUAUUGCACAGUCUGUGCCUUCAUUCAAAUUAUUUGUUCAUAUGCUGACCACAGAACUGUUGGUGCUUCUAGACGUUCAACCCCUCGUUGACAUUAAAAUGAAGGCAGCAUAUUCCUGUAGAUGUGUCCACUACAUCCCCUGGCAUGUUCCAAUGACUUGACCCCCUAGUCCUGUUCAUAAGAGGAUUCCAAUGUCUCAUGUGACUCUCUGUGAAGUGUAAUCCCACUUCACCUCUGACACAAAUAGGCAAUUCCUUAUCAUGAAACUGCAACCCCCUGGUUUCUGAUUGCCCUUGAGAGACAAUGUCUACUCAGCAUCUCUUCUGUUUUAUGUUCUGCAGAGUCUUAUAUAUUUCAGAAAUGUCAUCUCCCGCUUUUAUAAUCCCAAAAAGUGUCAGGGUACAUAGCUUGACAAUUCCUCAUAAAGUAGCACUCCAUCCUAGGAAACAACCCAGAGGCCUUCCUCUGCAUUAUCAACUUCUCUGCUCUUUUAUAUAACACCUCACUGAAUAGCCAGCACACUCACUGGUUCAUCUUUAUCCAUCCUGUUUGUUGGAUCCAAACAAAAUGCUCCAAAUCUUUUACAAAAUUUUAUUUUCAUGCUUUAUAUUGUGGGAAUUGCAAACAAUCUUCUGCUUGCUGCAUCCACACAC